UCAAUCACCCUUAUCGACUACUAUAAGAAAAUUGGAAAGAACAAAUAUGGUAAUAAAAACAGUAGAACUUUUGAAGAAUGAAAUUCCCAUAGAGGAGGAAUCAGUGGUCAUCACUGAAGAUAUAAAGGCUGGCCUUGUUCUUGUGGACAUAAUCAAUGGAUUUUGUACUGUUGGUGCUGGAAAUCUGGCACCAAGAGAGCCAAACAGGCAGAUAUCUGAAAUGAUUGAUGAAUCAUCAAGGCUUGCUAGAGUGUUCUGUGACAAGAAAUUACCAGUUCUUGCCUUUCUUGAUUCACAUCAUCCUGAUAAACUUGAAUACCCUUAUCCUUCUCACUGCAUCAAUGGCACUGAUGAAUCCAACUUGGUACCUGCACUAAGAUGGGUGGAGAAGGAACCAAAUGUUACAAUCAGGCGCAAAGAUUGCUAUGAUGGCUAUAUUGGUUCCUUUCAGGAGGAUGGUUCUAAUGUAUUUGUUGAUUGGGUGAAGAACAACAAAAUUCAACUCUUGUUGGUGGUAGGGGUGUGCACAGACAUUUGUGUGCUGGACUUCCUUUGCUCCACAUUAUCAGCUAAGAACCGCGGUUUCCUCAACCCUUUGGAGGAUGUAGUAGUUUACUCUCAGGGAUGUGCCACCUUCGAUUUUCCUGCCUCUAUGGCAAGACACACCAAAGAUAUUUCACCACAUCCUCAGGAGCUAAUGCAUCAUGUGGGACUUUACAUGGCCAAGGGAAGGGGUGCCAAAAUAGCUAAACAAGUCUCCUUCAACAACUUGAACAAACCAUGAUGAUAUAUUGCAAUCUUUUCUUUGGAAAGGGUUGCAUUUUAUGUACUCCAGUAGUUUCUAUGAUUACAAUAAUGCUACGACAUAAGGUGCAUGCAUAUGUACAUAUAAAAAUAAUGAGUUUGGAUAUGCUGUUUCCACUAGAUUAACGCAAGAAUACCAAGUUUAA